AUGGCAAUGAGCUCUCAUCAAGACACACAUAUCCUUGCUUGUACACAUGAUAGAUUGAGUGGUCAACCAGACCAAGUUAUUUUUCGUAUAUUCUCAUUCCUUGGUGCUAAUGAAACUGCUCGUCUUGGGGUAGUAUCGAAAAGGUUUAAUCACCUCUGCAUCUCUAGCCCUUACUUGAGUUUCAUUGCGGAUUUUGAUUCUGGUUCUGAUCAUAGCUGUUUAAGAACAAGAUACAACAAUUUCUGUUCUUAUGUCAAUAAAGUGCUGCGAUGGCGCGAAAAGACUGGAGGACGGCUACAACGUUUGCUUGUUCAUUGGCCUUGCAAGCAAAGAAGGUUUGAUAUUGGAGAGACUGCUGUUAGUUCAUGGGUUAGUAUAGCUACGAAGUGUGGUGUUGAAGAACUUGACAUGCUACUCCAUGUUGAGCCAGGGAGAGGCUAUUCGUUGCCUGGUUGUAUUUAUAAAUGUGAAUCUUUGAGGGCUUUGAAAUUGAAUUUGCAGAUGGGAAAGUUUUGUUUUCAAAUACUGGGGUUUGACUGGCUCAAGGAAUUGUGGCUAGAUUCGGUCACAAUAGGAGAUAAAUAUUUUGGACAGAAAACUGAUUUGUGCAAAUCUCUUAAAAGGUUAAUUCUUGAGAAUGUUGAUGGUAUCAAUGAUCUCUCGAUCAAAAGUUCAUCUCUUGAAAAGCUGGAAAUAAGUGAUUGCAGAUUUGCGAAUAGUUUCUUCGGUGGGAAUUUUAACAUAUCUAGUUCAUCUUUUAAGGUUUUAACAAUAUCGGGCUGCCAAUUUAAAGCCUCAUGGCAAGUCAACCUUAAUUGUCCAUCUGUGGAGAACUUAACAGUCCAGGACUCUGAGUUUGGGAGAGUUUUUGUUUGUAAGAUAGAUUGUGAGUCUCUUGAAACUCUUCAAGUCUGUGGGUCUCAUUUCUCUGCAGCCUUUCAACUCCAGGUUGACUGUCCAUCUGUUAUCAAAGCCAUGAUUAGCAACUGCAGGUUUGCAGAAGUUUGCUUUCUUAACAUCAAGAGCUCUUUCCUUGAUGGUUUGACUCUAUCCGAGUGCAAAUUUAGCCCCCUCGAGAGCGAGUCCCAAUACUCCCGGCCAAAAAAAGAGAUCAAAGCAGGUCCCGGUCCCUACAGGCGCAUUAUUAUUAAGGCCGAAAACCUUGAGACAUUGGAUAUAACGUCGUCAGAUGCAUAUUCGUAUGAAUUUCCUUUGUCGAUUUCUGCUCCCAACCUCAAGGAUUUAUGGUGGACUGGAGACCCUGUAGAUUUUAGUUAUUUGAAACAGGGUAUGCUGUCCCUAGUGAAUGCAAGAAUUGACAUUAAGCCUUCUUGUCAGCAUAGAAGUGAGGAAUCUGAUCGUCGGUGCAAGCAUUCGAAGAGUUUAAUAUAUUGUGCAGCCAAGUUCCUUCAAUGUUUAAGUGAAGCCAGAUUCUUGAGAAUAAAUACCUGGCCUAUUGAGAAUGAUUCUCCCAUAGUUUUCGAGAAGCUACAGAACUUGGUUCUGCUAAUCAAAGGUUCAUUUGCAGACCAAGUUCCAAUUAUAGCCUCAUUCCUCAAGGGAUUGCCUAAUCUAAGGAGACUAAUAAUCAGAUGUGACCAGAAAUCCCAUGAACUUUCUGAUCCAAAUAGGUAA